AUGCGUCAAGACGAGGCUACUCUUAGCUCGGAGCGCUCUCCAGCUGAACCAUUAGAACUUAUUCAUGAGCAAGCUCUGGAAAUAAAAGACCUGAAAGUUAGGCUGAGUAUAUUUGUUGACCAGCUUGCCAGCCUGGAAGCUCUGAUCCUGGCAUCUGUUCCAACAACUUGCGCUGCCAACACGGCUCUUAAGCUUUCGCAGCAAGAAAUAUUGGAUGCAGCAAAGAAAGUGAAAGACAGCGAACAAUGUGCCUAG